AUGGAGACUCCUUCGACUUCCUCUAUCCCGGGACCCAUCGCCCUGUCCUCGUGGCUUGCUGCGAAUGCCGACAGCCUGGAACCACCAGUUAACAAUAAAUGUCUGUACUCGGGCAAAGACUUUAUUUUGAUGGCUGUUGGUGGGCCGAAUACGAGGAAUGAUUAUCACAUUAAUGAAACAGAGGAAUGGUUCUACCAAAUCAAAGGCGACAUGCUCCUCAAAAUCGUCGAAAAUGACACCUUCCGAGACGUCAUCAUUCGAGAAGGAGAAACAUUUGUCGUUCCUGGAAAUACACCUCACUCUCCAAGAAGGUAUGGAGACACGAUUGGCUUGGUCAUGGAGUGUACUCGACCCCCACAGAUGAUUGAUCGCAUACGAUGGUACUGUGAAAACCAAGAAGCUCAUCGGGGUAUCCCAACAAUCAUACGAGAGGAGUCGUUUUAUUGCGAAGACAUCGAGGUGCAGCUUAAGCAGGUGGUUAAUGAGUGGAUUGAGAAUGAAGAUAGGCGGAGAUGUACUGCGUGUGGACACAUUGCACCCCCGUAUUGA